AGGCCGUGAAGAAUUUCACAGAGCAGAGAGCGUUGAGUAGAGGGGACGUAAUAUGCAAGUUGAAUGAGUAGUUGAGGUCGACUCAUUGAAUGCACCAUGACGUACCGAGAAGAUCAGGCAUCCGUAAAUAAAAAGGUCGUAUCUUCACUGUUGAGCAGUAUAGAAAGUCAAUGUGCUGUUAAGCAGAUGUUGAAAUCAACACCUCAAGGCACGUAGAGUUAUGAGAAAAUAUGAUGCCGCGUGGUCGUCGACGUGUGGCGCUCGCAGUCGUGCAUGCCUCUGCAGCUGGAAUAUCUGCACACGCUCUACUUUCAUCAACAUCCAGGCAACAGGUCUUAACAUCUACUUCCUCGAAAUCAGGAAAUAAAAAGAACCAUCUAGAUCUACCUGAUGCCAAGAGCAAGGAAGCACAUAAAAAUAAAAGUACAGGCGCCGUCCGGCACAUAAAAACCAGAGGAACUUCUACUACGGCAUCAAAACAAGCAACUACCAAACAAACAUUUUCGAGGGCUUCCGCUUCAUCAAGCUCUUCUGAAAGAACAGAGGUCCUAGUCGACGCACCGCAUCCAGCGAAAGAAACUAAUGUCGCAAGUUUGGAGACGGAUGGUGAAUCAGAGCACGUCAGGGAGCACAGCAGAGAUGAAGGAGAUCAUUAUGGGGAAAACGACUCAGAUGAAGAUGCAGAGAAUGCAGAAGAAGAAGCCGCGUACGCUGCCUCACAAUCUGCAAGAACGUCUGCGGCAAAAGUUAAGUCACCAGAUUCGGAAUUUUUCUCGUGUCUUUAGUACUACAUCUUUUUAGAAGGGUGAUCAUAUGUUUGACGAGCAAGGAAAUAAACGUCCCAAUUAGUUUUCUGCAUAGGGGUCGUGCGGUCAUCUUGAACCUCCUUGCUAUUUUUUUGUAAGUAACUUGGCCUGAAAAAUGAAGUUAUUUCUACUCGAACGAACUUCUGACAAACCCAACCUGCUCUAAAACCAACAGUGUCAAAUCGUGGGUGAAUCUAGUGGAACAAGGACAAGGUGGACAACAUGCCAAAGCUGCUUCGAUACCUCAGACGGGAACACCGCCACCAGAUGUGUGUAAAGCCAUGCCGUACGAAACCGAUACCGUCGAUGGAUACGUCAUACUGAAUUUAAGGCUUAGUGGGGGACUACAACUUGCUUGGUAUGAACUUCGACUGCCAUCAACUCCAACAUCGGCUUAGAGUUUUUGUGACGCAGUUGGUCCUAUAUUGGGCAGAAUGGAACGAUUCCCCCAAACCUCCAUCAAAAGUAUUUAGUUCGUUGCAGUCGAAGAUGAACUUGUUCUUGUCUUCGGCUCCUCCUCUAUCUAAUAAGCCAGCACCUCCAUUCGUGGGCUAGUGCGUACCGUGAUCCGAAAAAUGGCGACGACCAAGGAGCUCAUCCGGACUGUCCCUUACACCAUACAAGGGGCAAAGACCUAUCAGCCGGCGCGACCCGGACGGACGGAGGCGUCUGUGUCAGGACGCACCAUUAAGCUUACAGUUCAUCUCCUCUCCUCUGUCUCUAGGUUCUCUCUGGCACUUCUCUCUGGCACUCUAAGUUCUCUCUGGCAUCCAUUGUAGAGUAUGCUGAGUGCAGACCAAAGAAGAGAAUCACGAUGAAUCCUCAUAAAGACAUAGCGUCGCGACAGCAGACAGGAUCUGUGGUUGCAUCUCAAAUCAUACUUGAUAGUCUAUCAAUGAAUCGGGUAUUCUGCUCUUCUUGAUGAAGGUAAAUGGUGGCUGAAUGGCCUCUAAUACGUUAGAAUAACGAGGACACGAGAGGUUCCAUGACACUUAACACGUUAUCACUAUCCAAUGUAGAGUAUGCUGAGUGGAGUCCCCCUUGUUUUCAAGGGGAAACUACGAUGGAACGCGUAGGGCAUCGCCCUCAACGAGGGAUGGUAAAAAACUAGCGCUAACACUACGUGAAUUCGAAAGGCCAUCAAGUAGGAUCAUGGUACCACUACUGGCGGGCGAAGUGGAAGGAAGGCGGGAAAUAUUCACGCUACGUGCACCGUAUCGAAUAUUGGGGUCUCGAUAACAAUUUGAACUUAAGGCAAAUGACUCAAUGAUCAUCAUGACCCAAUGAUCAUGUUUUGAAUCAAAGUAUGAUGAUGAGUACCCUACUAUGUUGUAAAUGAGAGGAUGGACCUUGUAUGUUGUAAAUGAGAGGACUCUCGUCAGCACCACGCGUGAAGGCGGUGCAAAGGCACCCUAUCCUAUCCUAUCCUAUCCUAUCCUAUCCUAUCCUAUCCUAUCCUAAUAUUCUGAUCAAGUCAAGUAUAGAACAAGAAAGGCACUUCUUGUAAGAUUUAAUAGGAGGUACUACAUCACUGGGUGGCCUCACAAGCAGACGCGAAUAGCUACAUAAGAGGUUGCAUGACAUGGCAUUAGUUUUCCCUCUAUUCUUUUUACUUAGGUCUAUCCCACCACGCAACAUUAUAGUGAAAAAAAAUAUUAAACCAGAACGCUGCACGACCCGUCUUCGUUAGCAGAGCCUCAACCUCGUCUAAUUAGAGGGGGCAGGCUAGUAGAGAUAAUCAUCUCCUAAGAAGUAGCCUCAACCUCCUCGUUUACUUAGAGGGGAAGUAGCAACCUCGUCUUCUGGGAAGUAGCCUCAACCUCGUCUAAUUAGAGGAGGUAGGCUAGUAGAGAUAAUUACGUUCUAAUCACACAGGGUAUUCUAGAGAUAAACAGGCCUUAUAGCUUUUUUGCGCAUCCGGGGCAGACCAUUCACCUUGAUACCACUGCAGACAUGCGGAACGAUGCGGAUUUAACAACGACUGGCAAAGUCCACACUCUUGACCGAAGUCUCACUCUCAUUAUGGUUCGAGUACAUGUACAAGGAAGAUAUCAGUAUGUAGUCUAGACUCUAGUGAUCGGAAUCUCACUAUCAACAUUAUUUAUGGUUCUUCGAGUACAAGGAAGAUACUUCGAGUACAAGGAAGAUAUCAGUAUCAUUUACCCUAGACCGGAGGCAUACUAUCGUAAUUGUGGUUCUGCGAGUACGAGAAGUAAGUAUAUUAUCAAACCAAAAACCAUUUUCACUUUCAAAAAUUGAAAAAUUGAUAAUUUUGUUGGACUUGAUUAUUUCAUUAGCUAGUUAACUAGAUACUCAAGUUAAAACUAGCUAGAAAGGAGUCUGGCGGAUCCGUGUCGCGUGCAGCAGGCAGGGCUUGAUGGUUGAGGAGCAGGCCGAGCUGUGGGACCUUGUGGAGCCAGGCUGAUCAAAGUCGUGGCAAGUCUGAGUGUGAAUAUCUUGUUGUUUUCACGAUCGUGGCACCACCUCGAAACCUCAGAACCUUAAAGAUUCAAAGGAAGAUAGACACUCGAGGACUUGACAUCUGUAAGGCGCUUGCAAU